AUGCACGGCCUUGGUUGUUUGGCUCUCGCCUUGCCUCUUGUGGCAGCUCUUCCCCAGCGCUCUCCCACGGAAAACGCAGCUCCAUUCAAAGCUGAUCUUCGAGUUGACACUAAUCGUGAUGGCACGGUGGACCUUACCGGCACGACUGAUAACAACGGUAAAGAUACAUGGUCAGAGACCUCUGGUGCCCUUUUUCUCCCAAACAUAGGGAAUGCCGCAGGCCAUUGCCACUCGGACUCGGACACCUGCCAUGAUGCUUCCACAAACUCGCAAUGGGCACCAGACUACAUGGCUCCCAUGCGAACAGUGCCCCUGCCAAACAUUAGCGACUCGACGACUGCAACGAUUGCUAUAAGUGAUCCUGUAGCUCGCGCCAAAGUUCGCAUCUUUCUGGAUUAUCCGGGACGAGAAGCGGAAAUUAAUUUCGCGGAUCUCGCAGAGCAACAGCAGCUACCACCUGUCGAGAACGAUCGCUGGGUGUACCUCGAGAAUGACACGCCAAUCCCAGCGGACAAGUUGCGAGAAGGCCUGACUCUAGGCAUUGAUGCUCGUGAUACCAGGCGCCCAGACUGGGAUGGGAAGGUUUCCGUCGAGUUCAAGGUCACGGAUCAAGGCAGCUCCUCGUCUGACAAGGUCAUGCUACGCGUCGCCCCAGUCCUGACACAUCAUCAUCUUCAACCUAUCGAAAAGGUCUUUGUUACAAAGAAGCCUUACAAUGAUGAGAAUGCAAAGGUAAUUUCGCCGAUCGAGGAAGGUAUCCAGAAGAGCAUGCAGAAAGCCGGCAUCAAGGAGCCGCUCAAUCGCCUCGAUAUCGAUUACACCUGGGCUCAGGAUGUGAUGGAGCCUGCCUAUGCCAGUAUUCCCGGGCCAUCAGGGCCCAUCACCUUGCGCAUCAACAUGGCGGGAGUUCCGGUCCUCGUCGGAAUAAGUGAUCAGGGUGCAAAGUUGCUGUUCGCGGAUAUGCGAAACGACGGGGUGGGAGCCGUCCGCACGGCCGGGUUUCCGGAAAUUUUGCAGCAAAAGGCGCUCGAAGCGGGAGGAAACGUCGAAUCGAUUCCUCCCUACGAGCUCAACGGCAAAAAGUACCCUGCCGGCCGGAUUGUCAUUGGCGCCACGGAUGCACAGGCGCCUCAUGCGCUGGCCUAUCUCAAGGCGCAGGAAACCCAGGAUCCGAUUUCCCUCGACACGACUUGGCUUUUUGUCAAGCAUGUCGACGAGAUUCUCAGCUUCCUGCCCGCCAAGACGCAGCGUGGCUGGCGGCUCGCCAUUCUGGAUCCGGCCAUGGGCUACGAAGCGCUCGAGAAGCUCGACAAGGACGGCCACGGCGACGUGCGCCUGACCAGCCACCCGACGGCUCAAAACUCUUCGAGCGUCCCGACGGUCCACGAGUUCCUGGCCGAUGCGUCCACGAAAGAGGCUGCUACCCAGAGCGCCGAGAAGAUGAAGCAGGCCCUGGCCACGCUCAAGCAGGAGACUGGCAUUACGGACGAAGACGUCGUCCGGCUCCCGGGCGUCAUCGCUCCGAUGAGCCUGCUGAACAAGUGGCUGCACGCCCGGACGGGCCAGCAGCAGGGCAACGGCGGCGACGAGUUUCUGCCGCUGAACUCGGCAUUCCCCAGCCAGGUCAACGGCGUGCCCCUCUCCGACUCGCUCUUCAUGGCGCCGAAGCCGUGGGGUCCGGUGGUGGAUGGCGAGGACGUGAUCCAGAAGAUGUCGAAGGACGCCUACUCGGCAGCAGGCCUCGAAGUCGACUUUGUCGAUGAGUGGGAUCUCCACUUGGCGAGCGGAGAUUUGCACUGCUACACGAACACUUAUCGUGCCACGUCGGCGCAGUGGUGGUGA